CGAGAACAUUGUUAUGGGUGAUUCAUCGCUUGCUUUAUUUCAUCAUUUACGUGGCAAUUCAUUAUUGAAACAGCAAGAAGACACCGAAAUUCAAACAUUUCAUCCAAACAAAGAACAAUUAACUCGGCGGCAUGCGCUAAUACCUGAGCAGCCAAGUAUCCAACAAGAUGAUGCUGACACAGAAGGCUGUUCAGAUAAUGUAAUUAUUGUACCACACUUGAAGAUAUCCCCAAAUGAUUCACAACUUUUCAAUCGGGCAAUCAGUUCUGGAGGUGGAUUAUUGGCUAACUUACAAAGGGCGACAAUUGCAACCCAAGCAUUUUAUGCCGAUGCAAAGGAACAAUCAAAGACCAGAUCACCAUGGAUUCUGAAAAGAUUGUAUGAGUGGUCACAUCGAGCCAAAAGGCGCGAAAUAACGAAGCAUGUACAGGCGGCUUUGGAAACAUCCGGCGAUCCUGAAUUUGAUGAUGAGGAAUUGGAAAAAUUACUCCUGGUAAAGUGGGAAGAAAUAUUUUCUGUUAAUGUGGAAAAUUUGGAAUCGAUAGAUAAAAAGCGCUUGCAAGCUGUGUGGGAGUUAUUUCAUAGUGAACUGAUAUUUCUCCACAAACAACUUCUCGUUCUGAGAAAUGUUUACAAGGAGCCGCUGAAAAAAUGUCAGGUUGAGGGGUAUUUAUUGACGGUAGAACCGGAUUUGCUCUUCGGAAAUCUCGAUCAAAUAUGCCGGAUAAGUUGGUCAUUUUGCAAAUCAUUUCUUAAAAUAAUGAAUGAAGUUGGCACGGUUAGUGAAAAUGGUAAUUACAAUACAACUGAUCUUAUUGUGAAAUUGUUCGAAAGGUUUUCCAAAGGACCUUCAACAAUAUCGGCUUACCAGGCAUACUGUAUCAAUUACAAGGCUACGAUGGAAUACCUCGGAUCAAUACGAGAGAAAGAGGAACGUUUCACAGAAUUUGAAGGGAUAUGUCUUACAGAUCCGCGCUGUGAACGGUUACAGUUGGAAGAUUUGUUAAUAGCGCCAUUACAGCGCAUUACAAGGUUGCCUAUUCUGUUAAAAGAAAUUCACAAAUAUACCAAAAAUAAUGACGACAAAGCACGGAUCGAAAAAGUUAUCGAAAAUAUGAAUGAAUCAUUAAGAUCAAUAGAUGAUUCUGUCCAGUGGUUGCACAAUUUCGAGCGGUUACAGCAAUUGCAAAAUUCAGUUAUUUGGCCAUCAAUCAUUGAGUUAGAAGCAAGAACGUUUAUUCCAGAGUUCUUACGAGCUGCAGUAUCCAGGCAGUUCUGCGAGAAUCUUUUGGCACAUCCAAGAAGAAAACUGAUUCAUGAGGGCCAUCUGGAUCUUGUUGAAAACGGCAGAACAUGUGACUGUUAUGCGUUCUUAUUCAACGAUAUGUUUCUGCUAACGAAAAUGAAAAAAUGCACCAAAAUUAAAAAAGGCACGACGCAGUUAACGAAAUCAGAACAAUAUGUCGUGCAGAAGCAACCAAUACCGCUGGAUUCCUGCGUUUUCUGCGAUGCUGAUUCCAAUGAUUCCACUACCAGUAUGUCAUUGAAAUUUGCAUUUGUGAUAAUACAUCUCACACGCUACUACCAAGUGGUAUCGAUUUUUACCUUGCAAGCUGCUAACAAACAGGAUAAAGAAUUAUGGAUUGAAAAAUUCCAAGAAUCAAUUGAAAACUAUGAAUCGAUCCAGUUGAAAGAUAUGUUAAAGUGCACCCCGCUUUAUUCCAGUCUAUCUUUGAGGCGUUGUUCGUCAUCUCGUCUAAUGCAAUUGAAUACUUGCACCAGCCAAAAUCCCAACGAUUCAAAAUCGCAUCCCGGUACACAACUGGAAAGAUCAACAGAGAACCAAGAAGUGAACACAGAGGAGCAACACUGCAAACCUUCAUCAACAGAUGCUUCUAAUAAAACACGCAGUUCGAUACCGAUAACACAGCCCCACGUUUAA